AUGAAUCCUUCUAACCCGUUUGGGAGCACCCAGAGCGGGGCGUUUCAGGCCCCGAACCCCGCGGGGAAAGUGGGUCCUUUUCAGCCUGUGUUUGGUCAGAGUUCCGCGGCUCAGGCCCAGAGCUCCGGGGGCUUUUUCGGGUCUGGAUUCGGACAAACGCCAAACACGAGUAUGUUUGGACAAGCCUUUGGACAAGCUGCACCUGCUCCACAAUCAGGACCAGUUUUUGGCCAUGCCUCCUCCACUCCUCUGCAGCCGCCUCCAGCAUUUGGACAAACCACAACUCAACAAAACGCUUCCAUUUUCGGCCAAACAUUGACCACUACUGCGACCACACAACAACCUGCAGCUCCAGCCUUCAGCCACCAGGGCGGCUCUGUGUUCGGAGGCAGUAACGCUCCUGCCUUUGGGCAAACAGCAGCACAACAGAACCAGACCUCCAUCUUUGGACAAAACUCUUCCUUUGGAAGUAAUUUUGCGGCGUCCGGCAUCACAGACGAAGGCUUCAGCAGCCAGAGCGGAGCGUUCACGGCGCAAAAGCAAGCGCCACAGUUUGGCCACGCCCCCACGCCGAGUUCUGGGCUGGGGUUUGCCCAGCCGGUGUUUGGACAGCCGACUUCCACCGCGUCUACGACCAGCGUCUUUGGGACCUCGACAAACACGAGUCAAAGCAGAGGCUUCAGUACGUCUGACUUCAGCUUCAAACCGUCCAACGAGGCGCUGUUUAAGCCCAUCAUCAGCGCCGGCCCAGACCCGAACACAACCACCGCUCAGUCCGGGUUCGGAGAAGCACCGUCAGGUCUGUUUCAGAACAAACCUGCGCUGUCCGGGUUCAGCUUCUCGCAGCCGGCGCCGUUACCCGGUUCACAGCGGACCGUGGCGCCGUCUCUGGGCGGCGCCGGCGGUUUGCAAUUCACCUUUUCACAACCAGCCACUCCUGCUUCAGGCAGUAAGGCCGGAGCAGACGCAGGGCAGCCCACCACUCCCUCCACCUUCAGCUUCACCACAAAGACUCUGUUUGGAGGCAGUAAGUUCAGUGAAGCGAGCAGAGAGAAGGAGCAGAGCGGCGCCGAGCAGAGUGGCGCCGAGCCCACGGCGGAGACCAACGUGUUCGCCAGACUCGGGAAACGCAAAGAGGAGUCACCAGGCGCCUCCCCCUUGAAAGCAGAGAAGGAGGCGCAGGAGGAGGACCUGGGGGGGGAUUCGGAUGCGCCCCGGCAGCCUCCCAAACGGCCUCUGGUGCGGAGCCGCGGUCCUCCUUCUGGUCCUCCUCCCGGUCUGUUCGGUCGAGCUCUGAGCGGACUGCGCCGAGACCUGACUGCUCCGGGGAAACGAACCAGCGCCUCUCCCCUCCCUCGUCUCUCUGCCUGCCCCCCUCUCCUCCUCAGCCCCUCUCCUCUCCUCCUCAGCCUCCUUCCAGUCCUCCUCAGCCUCCUUCCAGUCCUCCCCAGCCCCUCUCUUCUCCUCCCCAGCCCCUCUCCUCUCCUCCCCCCCCCUCUCCUCUCCUCCCCCACCUCCAGACUGGGACAGCGCUCGGACAGCACAGACUCUCUCUCUGGAGCCUCCCCAAACGAGUGCACGGCGCUGCAGUGUCGAGACCUGCCCCCGGUCCUGAACCGCCGCGAGGUCCUGGAGAAACACUUCAGACAGUUCGGCCGAGUGCGCCGAGUGCUCUGCAGGCCGCAGCGCAACUCUGCCAUGGUCUACUUCCACGACCAUGCCUCUGCAGUGAAGGCGAAGAGAAAAGGCCGGACUCUGAACAAGUUUGAGAUGCAGCUGUUCUGGUGGAAGAAGAAGCACGCUGCAGACAGAGGCCCUGGUGUGGACUCAGAGCUGCAGCAGGAGGUCCAGGACUUGGCUGAGACCGUGGUCUCGGUUCCCAUGAAGAGACCGGCGCUCAGGCCCUCGGCGCUCGGUGUCUCCUUUGGGUAA